AUGAAUGUCAACUUACUUACAACAUUCCUCAACCUUCUCGCCAUUCAUAUGUACUUAGUUUUGGUCGUGGCUUUAUGUGGUGGCAAAAAGAAGCCGGGUAAGAAAGAAGCUAAGCCAAAGGGUGAGGAAAAGCCAACGUCUGCGCCAUCAGAACCUCCAAAGAAAGUGAGUUCCCAAAGAAUUCCUAUUCAAUUGUCAACUUGCCACCUCUACUCUGAUAACGGCCUUAUCCUAUCGUUAGGCCAUGUCGGCGUCGGACAUACAUUAGCGAGGAAGUUUCAAAAAGCUGCGAAGAGACAAACGAAGAUUACAUCGUAUGCAGUUUCGAUGUUCUUUCUUUUUACUCCUGGACUUCCAAUUGUUUGA